AUGACCACUCUCCCUUCAUUUGUAGAACUCAUGGCGUCUUUGGGUCUCGACAAUUCCGCCCGCCCGGCGACUCUCGACACUCACGUCGGUCCCGCCUGCUUUGGGUCGCACUUUCACCAUUCCCGCACUUCUUCCACUUCUUCAUCUUGUAGCUCCUUCUCUUCAGCCCCUUCUGGCACUGUAUCACCACCUCAUCCCAGCAUUACUGUCGAUGAGCCUCAAUCAUACUCCGUUUCCCGCCGCGAGAGCUCUCCAUCGGGUCGAGACUGGGAAUCGGAGAGGCGCCCAGUGCGUGUCGCCCGAUAUUCUCCCUACGUCCCCACUAUCUCCCACACAAGGAAGAAGAGUGCUCCCACUAUCCUCGAAGAAGAACCAGCCGAGCGUAUGCGAGCACUUUCCACAUCACCUUACUUGUCGCCGGCCACAUGCAACAUGAACCGCAGAUCGUCUUCGGGCACGCUCCAAAGUGCACGACGCCCACAUAAGUUGGCGCUAUCCGAAAGAGAUCUCGCAGUAAAUACUCCCAUUUCGACUUUUGUCAGACGCAAGACUCCACAGGCUUCCCCCUCAUCUCCAACAUUCCCUCAUCGCAGACGGAGUCGCGCUAGCAGUCUAGCGCAGCCCGUCUCAAUUCCGACCCUUCCUUUUGUCUUUCCAGCACCAACAACGUAUCGAUACCCUUCUUCUGACCUAUCAGAGGACGAAGACAUGCACGAUGUCUGCGAUUCAUCGUCAGAAACUGCUGAUCGUCCGUGUCGAUUGGACGUCAGUGCAUCUUCGCGACUAGCACGAGCCAGCGAUCCUGGCAUUCGUGCUUCAGUGUUUUCAUUAUCGGAUGGACUCGCAAGUAAUCCUGCUUCUACGCCCCUUUUGCCCGUGGCAUAA